AUGAGCGACACACACUCGAGCUUUCUCACAAAGAGUUCAAGUGCGAGGCACUCACUGCUGGUGCUGUUGCUGGCCCUCUGCUGCCUGAGCAGCGCUUUUAGCGCCAAGAUAACAAAAAAGGUCGAGAAACCCUCGUCUACUGGAGAAAAAGCCGAGCCAUCUGCCGCCGAGGAGGCUGCCCCACCAGUCGGCGAGGAGGAGGAAGCCAAUGAAGACAACGACGACGAGGAUGAUGAUGAUGAUGACGACGAGGAGGAGGAGGAGCAGGAGGCAGACAAAGAGGCGGCAGCAGCAGCUGUUGCCGCCACAACCGGUGGCAGCAAGAACCCCACCGCCGUUCAGGCGGCCACAGACCCCACCGAUCUCAGUGUCUGGGGCAUGGUGCGCACACUCUGGACCUGGCUGCGCAGCGAUCUGGGUGAAAGCCUCUUCGGCGACGACGACGAAGAGAAGCCAUCCGCCGAAACCUCAGCUGUGGAGGGUCGUACCUUUGGCAAGAUCCGUCGCCUGCAGAUGGCCCUGAUACCGAUCAUCUUCAAGUUCGGCGUACUGUCGGCCAUGGUGGCCUUCCUGGUGGCCAUUGGAAUGAAGUCGCUGUUCCUGCUGAAGGUUUUGGUGCUGAUGAAUGCCGUGGCCAUUUUGGGCAAGUUCAUAACGCUGAAAUCGACCCUCUUCGGGCAGUACGAGCACACGGCGCCCACGUUCAACUAUCCCGGCUGGAAUCCCCAUGCCAAGGAGUCCUGGGGAGCCACUGGUCUGAGCGGACCCGGCGGACCCAACGGCCAUCCGCCCAGCAAGGAGAUCCAUCUGCACAUCCACGGCAAUGCCCAGACCCAGGCCCAGCUCGCCGGCCAGGGCUACAACUAUGAGACGCAGGGUGGCUGGGCCAGUCGCUCGGAUCCCUAUGGCGGCUACGCCCCGACGGGACAGUUCGGGGAGAGCCAGCAGCCGGCUGUGGCGACCGCCGACGCGGUGCCCAAGGACACCGAUCCGAUGGCCCUGCUGCCGACCAAGUACCGGGCGAGACAUCUGAUCCGCUGA